AUGGCGGAACAGACACUGACAGCUAACAGCGGGUUUGUGCAGAGAGUUUUAUCUGUCGCUGGUGUUCACAGUCUGGUCAGAUGCCUGUGGAGGUACGUGGACAGCUCUAUAAGAUGGUGCUGGAUCCCCGGCUGGCUGCCGUCAUGGUGUCCCUCCUCUGCGAGCCAGCUGCAGGCUGCAGGAGAGCAGAUGCUGCGAUGUGUCUCAGCUGAUUUUACCAAACAGUUUGUCUCCAUCUCUAAUGGCAACCAGCUGUGGACGCUGACCUUCAGCAAUGAAAGUGUUAAAGAUAAAACCCCCAUGGUUCUGCUGCACGGGUUUGGAUGUGGUGUGGGCCUUUGGGCCCAGAACCUGGAUGCUCUUUCGCAGCACCGGCCUGUUUUUGCUCUGGACUUACUGGGUUUCGGGCAGAGCACCAGACCUCUUUUCCCCACAGACCCAGAGGAAGCAGAGAGUCAAUUUGUGGAGUCCAUUGAACAGUGGAGGGCCAAAGUGGGCCUUGAGUCCAUGGUCCUGUUGGGCCACAACCUGGGAGGCUUCCUGGCUGUGUCCUAUUCUAUUCAACACCCAGACAGAGUGAAACGCAUCAUCCUGGUGGAACCCUGGGGUUUUCCUGAGAGUCAGGGCACAGUAGACACUGACCGCCCCAUCCCAGUUUGGAUCAAAGCCCUCGGUGCCAUGUUCAGUCCCUUUAACCCCUUGGCUGGCCUGAGACUGGUAGGACCUCUGGGCCCCAUUCUGGUUCAGACCCUGAGGCCUGAUUUCAAGAGGAAGUUCUCUGCUAUGUUCACAGACAACACUGUGCCAGAGUACAUCUAUCACCUCAAUGUGCAGUCCCCAAGUGGGGAAACGGCUUUUAAGAACAUGACRGGUCCGUUCGGCUUGGCGAAGAAGCCGAUGCUGCGGAGGAUAAACCAGCUGCAGCCCGACAUCCCCAUCACCAUCAUCUACGGCUCGCGCUCGAGCGUGGACUGCGACUCAGGCAGCACCAUCAGAGACAUGAGGCCAGACUCUCACGUGGACAUCAUAACGAUUCGAGGAGCCGGACACUACGUGUACGCCGACCAGCCUGAAGACUUCAACCACAAAGUCCUACAAGUGUGUGAGAAGGUGGACUGAAAGGYGAGAUGAACUGGAAGCACACAACCUACCUGACAUCAGUUUUCAGCUGCUGCAAAACCUCAGGAUCCAACUAACCCAAAGACAAAAGAAGGACGGUGUGGAGAUGAGAACAUUAGGAGAUGUGACUCACAGUGAGGCUCACGUCUGACCAUCUGAGCAGUGACUCCAUGAAAACAGGCUCAGAGCUGACAUCAUGGUUCAGGUCAGUGGUUCUGAGCAGCAGAUUUAUCAGAAAUCACUGUUUGAGUCAACAUUUCAUGAGUCAGGCAAUCAGACUAAUAUUUCAGCCUCUGGAGUUUGUUGUGAUUAUACUUUAUUUUAAUGUGUUUCACUUUAUUUUAACUAAGAGUGUAAUGAAACAUUGUAUGAAACGAGGAUGAGACAGGAURAUUUUUAAGAAAAAAAAUUCCCUAAAUCAACAGACUGACCUCUUUCUCUUGUCUGAUUUCUCAAAAAAGUCUUUUGACCUCACAAUGUAGCAUCAACUCUUAUCAAACUUAUUAAUUAGGUCAGCUCAUCUUUGAACUCAAGUGGAAUACAACUCAUUUUCACAAAAAACAAAGGGGUCACACUUUUGUAAUAAAAAAAAUAAUAAAUACAUUUCCCAGGGUUUUCAGAGUUCUACCAUCAGAACAUUCAGUCUGAAAAACAUAAUCAACUCUACUCAAUAUCUCCUUUUUAUCAGUCAGAACAGAGCUGACUUUAUUUUUUGUAAAUAAGAUUUAUUUAUAUUUAAAAUCUUCUUAAAGAGUUCUAUCACCAGUUUUCCUACGUAUGGAAAUUGUUGUUAUUAUUAUUCUUGUGCACAGAUAAGUUGCCGGUGCACGUGACGUUGGAGACUUUCUUCAUCCUCCAGAUUCACAAACGUACAAAKAGUGUUUUAGUUUUUAAAAAAGGCUUACAAACUCAUGCACAAAUACAGUAAAUCCCCAAUUGUUAAUUGUUGGACUGAGGCUAGUCAAUGGAAAGACAAGCAGAAACCACUUGGAAAUGUUUUAAAUUAAAUUUAUAUUUUAUUUUUGUAAGAAAAAACAGAUUUUUAUGUAAAUAUUAUAAAUUUAAUCAUCUGAUGUCUCAAUUACUUGUAAAUUGAUGUCAGUUUGGAAAAUGUCAGUGUUCAGUUUCAGUGUGGUAUUAUGUGACACUUGACCUGUGGUCUGUGGUCUUUCUGUAUGACUCAGAUUCGGACAGGAAGUGAUGUCAUUUGUAACAAAGAAACACUGAAUCAGCACCAGUAAAGAUGAUUUUGUUGUUUAAAUGUAGCAGAGCUCAGGUUUUUACUGGCAGCAGUAAAAGUCUUCUGUAGCAUCAGUCCUCAGUGUUUGUUCUCAGACUCAUACUUCAUAAACUCACAGUAAAUGAGACGACUGGUCCAGUAUCACUUCAUAGAUUUCAGUGGUGCAAGAUUCUUUGCUACACAUUCAGUUCAAUAAAAAGUUUUCUAACAUCUCA